AUGAAGUGUGUGAUUGGGGGGACCCACCUCAGAGUGUUUGGACGAGCAAUACAUGCCAUAGCACGAAUUAGUGAUGAGUUUUGGUUUGACCCAAAUGAAAAAGGUCUUGCUCUAAGAUCAGUGAAUUCUUCUAGGUCAGCGUAUGCAUGUGUCUUCUUUUCAUCUAUGUUUUUUCAACAUUACUGCUGGACAGCUGAACCUGAACUGUGUCAGAAAAAAAGACAGUCACCCCUUACGUGUAAAUUAAUAAUGAAGUCAGUCCUCCCUGUGUUUAGAUGUCUAAACACACUAGAAAGGAAUGUAGAGAAGUGCAACAUUUAUACAAAUGUUAAUGAUUGUCAUAUAACUUUUAAGCUCUUCUGCAAACAUGGUAUUAUAAAAACUCAUAACCUGGCUUUUCAUGAAAGUGAACCUUUACAAGCUGUUUUUUCAAGGCAUAUGUGUCCUAAUGUACUGAAGAUCCAAUCAAGGCUGCUGACUGAUGUAAUGAUUCAUUUUCCAACCUGUCAAGAGGAAGUAACUGUAGCUGUUACACCAAUGAAAGUUUGUUUCAAGAGUUAUACUGAGGAAGAAAUCGAUUUUUCAAAGGCAAUGCACACUAAAAUACAUCUUAAUCCAGAUGAAUUUGACUACUUUCAAAUUGGAGUAGACUCUGAAGUAACGUUUUGCCUUAAAGAACUGAGGGGUCUACUAGCAUUUGCAGAGGCUACUAGCGCUACUGUCUCAGUUCAUUUUGAUGUGUCUGGAAAACCAAUUGCUUUCAGUAUUGAGGACAUGAUGGUAGAAGCCAGCUUUGUUUUGGCUACAUUAGCUGACAUUGAAAAUAGGGAAUCCUCUCAGCAAUCUCUAUGCCUUUCACAAAGACAGAAAAGACCUACCUUGAUGAAGGCCUAUGCAGAUAAUGUUGAAAAUGCCUCAAACAACUCUGCAGAUAAUGAUAGUAAUACAGAAACAAUAGCUUCAAAAAAGCCUUGUUGGACUGAAAGAGCACAUAGCAACACGGAGUCACCUGUAGAGUGUAGGAAACCUCUGUCAAAAGGAGAUAUUAUUCCCAUAAUCUCAAAAAAAGACAUGAAGAACAUAGAAGUAUUGGACAUGAGUGCAGCAUGUGACAUUAAAAUUGUGGAGGCAGUAGUACCCUCAUAUUCUGAUCAGUACAAGGAAUAUUGUGUGUGUACAACAACUCACUUUAUUAAAUAUUGCAUUUUCCAGUUUCAUUCACUUUUCUUUGGAGCAGUUUCAUUUAAGGAGCAAGAUGUCAUCAGCCACACACUUCAUAGUUUGGCCACAGCUAGUGAUGCCGAAGACGAUUUUGACAAUGAGCAGCUCUCCCACGUUGUCUAGGGAUAUGUAGUGCCUGUACAAACUUUGCACAGAUGUUUACAUUCUCUUUAGGUAUUAAAGUGUAUUUUACAUACAUAAUGAAUAGCUACAGUCUAUUUUAUAAACUUGUUGCAACACUUCCAUUAUGGAAGUUUCCUAGAGUUUUCUAUUUUUAGAUUACAUAGAAAUUAGAACAGUAAAUAGAAACUGCUGUUGAUAUUUGUAUUUUAUAUUCUAGCCUAUUACUAGUGUUAGUGAUUUUGAGUUUAACACCUAAGAAGGCUAGAGUUUCAAGCUCUCAAGUGAAUAGAGCUUGUUUGAUUGUGCAAGUUCCCUCUUCUGCAAUAAAAAUACAUAAAAGGGACUGGUUAAGACUCUUCAAUGAUUCAGUGUUUUAUCAUUUCCUGUUAUAAUCAC